AUGCACGCUGACAACAGUUCCGUCAUCCCCCCAUGCGGGAGCAAACGGGAGUUAUACACGCGACUGGAGGCCGUCGUGAGGUCUUUUGUCGAGCUCCCCUCCUCAAUGCUUACGCCGCACUUUAAUUUGAUGAUUGGUUUGAGUAAUGUUUCUGCAUUGCUUUUUUACGAGCUGAACCGCUUUGCAAACACAAAUGCAAUGUUAAGUGACCUCCCUUUGAAUUGGCUUGGCUUCUACCUGCUUCAAAGCCCUCAGCGGCUUGUGUUGGGGCCUUUUCAAGGACGUCCUGCAUGCAUCGAGGUUGCAAUGGGACGCGGUGUUUGUGGAACGGCAGCACAGAAGGGUGAAACGCUGAUCGUUCCGGAUGUGCACGCUUUUCCAGGACAUAUUGCAUGUGAUUCCUUAUCGAAUUCUGAGAUUGUCGUUCCGAUCAAAACUGCCAAGGGACAUGUGGUGGGUGUUUUGGAUGUCGACAGUACCCAACGAGAGUUCUUUGACGCGGAGGACGCACAGGGCCUGCAGAACAUAGCGACGGUCCUCUCUCAAAAUCUUGAGUUCCCUAUGGCUUGCACUUUGGCGAGGAAUCCGCUUUUGGCAAAUGCGGCUUCUAUUCCUUCACAUAACGAGGCUCCCUUCUCAUUGGCGGGCAAAGAUGAGGACAAAGUGCCGACAGUAGAGGAGGCUGCUGGAUCAAAGGCAAAAGGAGCGUUUCCCCCUUUUUCAGGGACGAAAAUGACCGCAUUUGUCAUUACCCGUGCACCAGGCACAACGCCUGCGAAGGCUUUGACGGAGGUGGGAGAGGGGGCGAGCAAGCAGCAGCGUUCACAGCGGUUCACUCACCGUGUGGGCGGGUGGGACUUUUCCGUGACGGAGUUGUCCCGCAUCUUGACGCAGGAGGAGCUGCUGCACUACGAAGAGGCUCUUGGCGUCAGCGCCCUUCCGGAAAUUCCGUUUGCCUUUAAUACACUUCGUAUCGCCCCUGCGGAGAGAGCGGAUGUGGCGUUGGUGAAAUUCUCGUUGUUGGAGGUGUUGCGCUCGGCUGCUGCCUUCUACCGCACCGACGCCUAUUGCCGAUCGACCCUGCCGCAGCUGCAGAUCCCCGUCGCGGAUUCCUGGAAGAAAUCACCGUACGCCACUGUUGAUGCCAAGGUUGACUGGGCGUGGCGGAAUAAUUACUUUGGCGUAAAUGAAUGGCGCUGCAAACUGAGGCCACUUGAACCUUCUAUGCCUGGCGUGAACUGGGAGCUGUUGAAGGACCAAACACUGCCCAUUGUUUUCUUUCACAACUUUGACAUUUUUGAGGAUGACCUGCACGACCACGGCAUUGUGAAAAGUUCCGUGCGCUUCCGUGUCAUGUCACUGGCGUUUUUCAUUCUGUUUCGCCAUUUUGUUCGUGUGGACGGGUACCGUGUGUGGAUGCGGGAAGUGCGGCUUUUUCACGAGUUUUCCGUCAAGCGCCCCGACGGGCAGCCGCACAUUGUUGUUCGAGAGGAGGUGCGCAUUCUUGAUAUUGCCGACGGCGAGGAGUUUCGUAAUUAUGACCCCAACGACUGCGCGCGGGAGGCCACUGUUGUCGAAGCAAAUGACUUCUACGUGAGUAUUGAGGACCCCACAUACGAUGACUGGUGGUCGACGAUUGGCGUCCAUUGA